GGUUGCUGUUCCACCCCAAAACCAACCAUACGAUUUCCCCCGAGCUCCCCUAAUUCCCCCGCCCCCCCAGCCGCCCCCCGCUACCGUCGUCCACCCGACGCCGCCCACCCCCCGUUUUCCGAGCUGGCGUGGCGACGCAAACUCACAAAUAUUUACUUCCUGUACAUCAAGAGGAAAGGGGGCCCCCCUUUCGUGGAAUGCGGCAACAUGGGUGUGUUUGACCGCGGAGUUCAGAUGCUGCUGACCACGGUGGGGGCCUUCGCCGCCUUCAGCCUUAUGACCAUCGCCGUGGGGACAGACUACUGGCUGUACUCGCGCGGCGUCUGCAAGAUCAAGAGCACCAACGAGAACGAGACCAGCAAGAAGAACGAGGAGGUGAUGACGCACUCGGGCCUCUGGAGGACCUGCUGCCUGGAAGGUUCUUUUAAAGGCAUGUGUAAGCAGAUAGAUCACUUCCCCGAGGAUGCUGACUAUGAGGCGGAUGCUUCCGAGUACUUCCUACGCGCUGUACGAGCCUCCAGUAUCUUCCCCAUCCUGAGUGUGAUCCUGCUCUUCAUGGGGGGGCUGUGCAUCGCCGCCAGCGAGUUCUACAAGUCACGCCACAACAUCAUCCUCAGCGCUGGCAUCCUUUUCGUCUCCGCAGGCCUGAGCAACAUCAUAGGAAUCAUUGUGUACAUAUCAGCCAACGCUGGGGACCCUUCCAAGAGUGACUCCAAGAAGAACAGCUACUCCUACGGCUGGUCUUUCUACUUCGGCGCCCUCUCCUUCAUCAUGGCUGAAAUGGUGGGUGUGCUGGCAGUGCACAUGUUCAUCGACCGCCAUCGGGAGUUGCGCGUGGGGGCACGAGCUGCCGACUACCUCCAAGGUGCGGCCAUCACGCGCAUCCCCAGCUACCGCUACCGUUAUCGACGCCGCUCACGCUCUUCGUCCCGCUCCACAGAUCCCUCGCACUCCCGCGAGGCAUCACCAGUUGGCCUGAAGGCCUUCGGGACGCUGCCCUCCACCGAGCUGUCCAUGUACACGCUGCCCAAGGGCCAAACGGGUACCCCGACAGCCACCUAUAACUCCACGGAGAGGGACCACAACUUCCUGCAGGUCCACAACUGCAUCCAGAAGGACCUGAAAGACUCAGGCGGCCACAGCAACACCGCCAACCGACGCACCACACCUGUAUGAAACUGAUAGAGGGACCUCAGACACUAAAAAAUCAGAGGGAAUUUGGGGGGAGGCGGCAAAAGACAAACGAUGGUGUAAGGAGACGGAAAGAGGAAGGGCUUAAAUGGAUAGAUGGAGUGAGGGGUAAGCAACAGAGGGGAAGUUCUGAGCGCUCCACAGCACCUCAGAUGAUCACUGAGUUUCUGUUUAAAAAAAGGAAACAGCGAAAAAAAUGCAUAAAAAAAGAAACAUGCAUGAUUUUCCCAUCUACCAUUGUUUAACGAGUUUUGAACAUGUUUGUAAAGAUUUGAGGGGGAGGAUGGGGAAAGAGGAGUCGGGAGGGGGGGUGGCUGGUGGUUGUCUGUCUCGGGGCUGUGGAACCGUAGAGUGGUGGGCUGGGCCAGACUGCCCGUUUAAAAGGUGAACUUUAUAUUUUUUACUCUUCCUCAGUCUGAUGAAAAGGGGGCGUAGUUGACCCCUCGGCCCCGCCUAUGAUCCCGCCCUCGCACUACCAUCCCACAAGCCCCCCAACACACACACCCUAACCUCCCGUGAACCCCACUCCUUUCUUUAGUUGCUGUAUCUUCUUGAUUUCAUUCUUUAUUCGCAUUAAUACUGUGAACCAUUGCGGUGUGGGAUUUUAGCAGGGAGCAAUUCAGGCCGCAAAAAAACAUGAAAAAAAAAAAGAAAAAAAACACAUAAGUUAAUAUAUGUAUUGAUUAUAUAUAAAUAUAUGAAUAUAUAUGUUAAUAAAUCAUGACUAGACUUCCCUGGUGCAAAAAUAUCAACAAGAAAAAAAAGAAAACAAGUUACUUACAAGUGAAACUAAAUCAAGUCGUCAUGGAAACUAAACCAAGACUGAGGAUUCUUCGUGACUGGCUCAUUUGACGGGCAAAGGCUUCAGCCUACUUGAUAAACUAAUAUUGGUUAGUAUUAGAUACAUUAUCACAUUCUUUUACAACGACAAAAAAAAAAAUCUUUUGGCCUUCCGCCGAAACCCUGGCAGCCAUCCUUGUUCAGGGUCAACGACAGGUGAAAAGUUGACCUCACGUUUUUUUGCUCCAUAAAGGGGCGGAGUGAAGAGAGAACUCUGGGUAAUGGAGGAUCUCUCGGCAAACUUGACUGUGGACAAUGAGACGUCACUACUGCCAAAGACACAAAGUAGUGCGUGAGAGAACAUGGCUACCAGCGAGGUGAAGCUAAGUGACUCCAAAAAAUUAAGAAUUUACAUGCAUGCUAAUCAAAAUCAUCCAAUCUGCUUUUAAGGAACCUAUGUUUUGAACAAUUGAACAAUGAUACCAUGUAAGGGCAGUGGGGGUGACAAAGUAGAAAUUAAUGUUACAGUACUGUGUCUAUUUCAGUUUUUCUUUUCUUAAUUUUUUUGAGUGGGUCAUUUGGGGUGGGGCUUCAUUACGCUUGAAACAAAAAGAGCAAACUUUGGAGAACGUAUCAAGGCUUUUUUAAACAGAAGAAAAUCUUAUCUUGCCUUUUCAUUUAAUUUUUAUUUUCUUGGUUCUUUUGAACUCUCACACAGCCUUAGUCUCUUUCUUUGUCUCAUUUUUUCUUGUUCUUUGGUUUUGCGUUGUGUUGUUGUAAAUGAGAAUUUAAAAAAAGCGUAAUGUCUUUCAAGGUGCCAAAACUGAAUGAUUCUGAACUUGGAUGCAUCAAGUCCUGAUGACGAAUAAAAAUUGAACCCCCCCGUAGGGAACAGAAUGAG